AUGUGCCACUUCCUUACCUCCAUUGGUUCAAACUUACAACAAUGUGUUAUUUUACAUGUUAUAACAGGAAGACGAAUACAACCUCAUGUAACGAUCUAUCAUUUCGAUUUUCCUCAGGCACUUCAAGAUGAAUACAAUGGGCUGAUUAGUCGUAAAUUCAUAGAGGACUUCACUGCGUAUGCAGAUGUAUGCUUUAAGAACUUUGGCAACAGGGUGAAGUACUGGAGCACUGUCAAUGAGCCUAACAUUGAAACGGUUGGUGGAUACGACGAAGGAAUUCUGCCGCCACAGCGGUGCUCAUCGCCAUUCGGCUUCCCUUGCAAUGGCGGCAAUUCCACCACAGAGCCAUACAUAGUAGCACACCACCUUCUGCUUGCACAUGCCUCAGCAGUGUCAUUGUAUAGAGAGAAGUACCAGGCAGAGCAAGGAGGACAAAUUGGACUGACUUUGCUUGCUUGGUGGUUUGAGCCCGCAACACAAACUCCGGAUGAUGCAGCAUCAGCUGAAAGGAUGAAGGAAUUCCACAUUGGAUGGUUCAUGCGUCCUAUAGUCUAUGUUGACUACCCUCCAGUGAUGCAGAAGAAUGUCGGGUCAAGGUUACCAUCUUUCACUGAUGAAGAAAGGAAAAAAGUAAAGGGGUCAUUCGAUUUCGUUGGAUUUAACCACUACAUUGUCGUCCAUGUGAGAGCUGAUCUUAAUCAACUGAAACAGAAACUGAGAGAUUACAUGGGUGAUGCAGCUGUGAAAUUUGAUAUACGACUCUUGAUGUCAGUCAACCAGUUCCCGAUCAGGUUGACAAUUGAUUUUAAGACAUCCAAACCAUGGGCUCUGAAGAAAUUGCUGAAGCAUGUUCGAGUGAAAUACAAGAACCCAGCAGUCAUGAUUCAUGAAAAUGGAGCUGCCGACCAACCUGAUCCGUCAGGUGGAAACAGCUACGACGACGAGUUCAGGUCGCGGUUCUUGCAGGAUUACAUCGAGGCCACGCUUCAAUCCAUCAGGGAUGGAUCAAACGUGCGUUGGUACUUCGUCUGGUCAUUCCUAGACAUGUUCGAGUACCUGUUCGGUUACCGCCUCCGGUUCGGCCUCUACGGCGUCGACAUCAGCUCGCCGGCGAGGACGAGGUACCAGAGGCACUCAUCGCGGUGGUACUCCAGCUUCCUCCACGGUGGAGAGCUCAGGCCGGUGGCUCUGCUGGACAGGGCGUACUACCGGUGA